AUGGCAGAAUUCGUAGCUUCAACGCAGGAAAUGUAUGGUGCUGAACUGGCCAGUGUAGAUUUUCAGCGAGCCUCUGAAGGUGCAAGAAAGGUGAUAAAUGAGUGGGUCAAAGGGCAGACUGAAGGUGAGAGAGUGGGCCGAAUAUUGAAUAAGAAAGACACAAAAACAGUGAAAAUGAUGUAUCAGAAGAGCACAUUUCCAUUUGGCUACAUCGAGGGCCUUAAGUGCCGGGUGCUGGAGCUGCCUUACCAAGGCUGGGACCUCAGCAUGGUCAUCCUGCUGCCAGAUGACAUCGAGGACGAGGCCACAGGUCUGAGGAAGAUCGAAGAACAAUUGACUCUGGAAAAACUGCAUGAGUGGACCAAACCUGAGAAUAUGCGUUUCAUUAAAGUCAACGUGCACCUGCCCAGGUUUAAGCUGGAAGAGAGCUACGACCUCAACUCUCACCUGACCAGUCUGGGUAUAGAGGAUCUCUUUAAUAGCAAGGCUGAUCUUUCAGGCAUGUCAAGAGCCAGAGAUCUUUUUAUAUCAAAAAUUAUCCACAAGUGUUUUGUGGAAGUUAAUGAGGAGGGCACAGAGGCAGCGGCUGCCACAGCUGUAAUUUCAGGGGGUUGCGCGCUUAUGCCAGAAACUGAAAAUUUUGUGGCCGACCAUCCAUUCAUUUUUUUCAUUCGACACAAUCCCUCAACUAACAUCCUAUUCUUAGGCAGACUUUCUUCCCCUUAGAACCCCAAGGUCGAGCUCAGAGCUGUAUCAAUGGCCCUUUCAAAAAUAUAUGAAAAUUAUAUAUCUUCUACAAUAAAUCUACCACCCCCCA